CAUGUCCUUCAUCCUGGAAUCCCCAAAGGAUUUUAGUCGCAGAAGCUUCCACAGAACCCUGAGUUCCUCCUUUCAGGGCCCUGCACUCAGCCCAAGCAUGAGGGGCACGCUGCUCUUCGGGGCUGCACCCAGCGUCUACGGGGGUGCCGGGGGUCAUGGCACCCGCAUCUCCACCUCCAGACCCAUGGUGAGCUACGGGAGCAAUCUCACCGGCGCCGGCGGCGGGGACCUGUUGCUUGGUAAUGAGAAAAUGACCAUGCAGAACCUAAAUGACCGUCUGGCAAGCUACCUAGAGACAGUGCGGUCCCUGGAGCAGUCCAACUUCAAACUUGAAGCACAGAUCAAGCAGUGGUACCAGAACAACGCGCCCAGCACUGGUAGGGACUACAGUGCAUAUUACAAUCAAAUCAAGGAGCUGCAAAAUCAGAUUAAGGAUGCUCAGCUGCAAAAUGCACGUUGUGUCCUGCAAAUUGACAAUGCCAAACUGGCUGCCGAGGACUUCAGACUGAAGUAUGAGACUGAGAGGGGCAUGCGCCUGACGGUGGAAGCCGACCUCCAAGGCCUGAAUAAGGUCUUUGAUGAUCUAACCCUACGCAAAGCAGACCUGGAGCUUCAAAUUGAGGAUCUGAAUAGAGACCUGGCUCUCCUCAAGAAAGAGCACGAGGAGGAAGUCGACAGCCUGCGCAGGCACCUGGGCAACACCGUCAACGUGGAGGUGGAUGCUGCUCCCAGCCUGAACCUCGGCGCCAUGAUGAAUGAAAUGAGGCAGAAGUACGAAGUCAUGGCCCAGCAGAACGUUCAGGACGCCAAAGAAAACUUUGAGAAACAGACUAAAACUCUACAGCAACAAGUCAAACUGAACACUGAAGAGUUAAAAGGAACUGAGUCUCAACUGACCGAGCUGAGACGCACCUCCCAGAGCCUAGAGAUAGAACUCCAGUCCCAUCUCAGCAUGAAAGAAUCUUUGGAGCACACACUAGAGGAGAUCAAUGCUCGUUUUAGGGAUCAGUUGGCCAAACUCCAGGCUCUGCUGAGCUCUCUAGAGGCCCAACUGAUGCAGAUUCGGAGCGACGCUGAACGCCAGAAUGCUGAAUACAAUACUCUUCUUGACCUAAAGAUCCGGCUUGAGCAGGAAAUUGCUACUUACCGCCGCCUUCUGGAAGGAGAAGAUGUAAAAACUACGGACUAUCAGUUAAACACCCUGGAAGAAAGAGAUAUAAAGAAAACCAGGAAGAUUAAGACAGUGGUGCAAGAAGUAGUGGACGGCAAGGUCGUGUCAUCUGAAGUCAAAGAGGUGGAAGAACGCCUGUAAACAGCUGCCAGAAAGAGAUGCUGCUGAGGUUUUGAAAGAAAUGUGGCCAUAACUUUUGCUCCCGACAAGAAAGGGGCCAUAAGAAAGCACUAUCAAUACUUUGUGGUGAUUAGAAGGGGGAAAGCCUAUUUAUCAGACUUUGUAAUUGAAUAUAAAUGUUUUACUCAGAGGAGCUGAAAAUUGCCUACAAAAAUGAAAUCCAAUGAGCACUAGAAUAUUUAAAAUAUCAUUACUGCCAUCUUCAUCAUGAAGCACAUUAAUUACAAGCUAUAGACCGCCUAAUAUCAAUUUGUAGGUAAUGUUCCUGAAAAUUGCAGUACAUUUCAAUUAUACCAAACCUCACAUAGCAGAGCAGUCUAUGCAAAUUGCACAUAAACCUUUCUCUAAUUUU